CUUUUGGUCUCCAGUGCUCGAUCAUGGCUAUAUAUGCCUAAUCCAUGGCUGCAAAAAUUAACAACUGUUAUAUUCUUUUCUGAUUUCAAAGAUGAUGCAAGUUGAGCCUUUUCAGUACUGGCCUGAAAAUUACAAUUCAACAGACUCACCCCUGGAAGAAAUAGGACUUUAUUUUGCAGAUAAAUAUGCCCAAGAGGGUUGCUUUGAGUUCCCUUCUCCAUCAAUCUCCAUGGAGGAUUUCUCCAAUGAUGGUUCUCCUGUCUUGUUAUCAUCCCCUGUAUAUGAUGAUGACGACUCACAAAAUCUCGCAAUUUAUAGCGAUGAUUCGCCUGUUAUGUUCCCAGUGGAGGAGUAUUUACUAAGUUCGGAUGAUGUUGACAUCCCUCUAAAUGAUCAGUUGAUGGCUGAUGAUUUCGAAGAUUUUUCUGAGUUGAUGGUGAGUGUUACCAGCCCUGUGUCACCACAACUACGUACAGAAGAGGAUGCUAAGAGCCUGAACCUGUCACCGAUAUCAAGCGAGGCAUCAUCUAUUGAUGUCUCAAUUCUCACAUCAGAUCAAACGUCCCUGGUUUUUCCCUCAGAAGACAUGGAGGUUGAUGACCAAUUGAGCCUUCUUCAUCUGCUGAACGCUUAUGGAGAAGCAAUGGGGCUGGAACAGAAAGAUCUAGCAACAGAAAUUAUCCGGCGAUUGACUGAGAAGGCCGGUCCAACCGGCGCAACCCUUGAACGUCUUGCAUAUUAUUUGAUCCAAGCCUUUGAGAAUAAAUUAGACUACCUGAGUCAGGAAUCAAACAAGAACUAUGCGGCGGCUUUCAGAGCCUUCUAUCAGAUUUUCCCUUAUGGAAGGUUUGCUCACUUCACUGCUAAUUCAAUGAUACUAGAAGCUACUCCUCAGGAUGCUGGGAUGGUUCAUAUCAUUGAUUUUGACAUUGGCCAAGGUAUUCAAUGGCCUCCAUUAAUCGAAGCACUUGGGAGAAGAGGUCAACGUUUGGUCCAAUUGACUUCAAUAAAAUGGGAGGAAGAAGAUGGCAGUUACUUUCCUCCCACAGACAGCUUUGAGGAGACAAAGAGGAGGCUAUAUGAACACGCGCGAACUUUUGAUGUGAUAUUGAUGAUAGAAGAGAUGGACAUGGAGAGCUUGGUAACUGAGAUGAAGAUAGCAAAGAAAUGUAGUAGAAGAAAUGAAUGGUUAGCCUUCAACUGCAUGGUUGGUCUCCCUCACAUAGGGAGACUGAGGAGUAAGAAGCAUGUUAAGGAUUUUCUGAAGGUGGCUAAGGACUCGCUCAAUAACACAGGUAUUGUAACUUUUGGGAAUGUAAGUGAAGUAGGAGGAUUAGACUGCGAUGGAAUUGGUUCUUUGUUUGAAGAGAAGUUACUUCAACUCCAAGCAUUUUUCCAAUCAAUGGAGUGGCAUUUUCCAGCUUACCUUUUGGAAGCAAGAGUAGCGAUGGAAUGUCUCUUUAUGGCACCUCAAGUUUCUUCACUAGCUGCCUUUCAGAAUUUAGAAGAAAAUAGUGCCAGGACUGGUGGGGUUCUCUCUGAAAUGGGGUUGAAAGCCUGGAGAUUAUCUAAAUAUAAUCUUAUGGAGGCUAAGGAGCUGGUUAGUGAAGGUAACAGUCUAUAUUGGGUGAAAAAUACAGGCGAAAAUGAGAUGGUUUUGGGCUUUGUGGGAACCUCAUUGGUGAAAGUUUCAAGCUGGAGAUGAGGAAAUGGCUUUGGAAGACAUAUAUAUUACUUAUCUCCCAUGAAAAACAAAAUUAUAUUGUAAAUUUGUAGAGAUUGAUAAAUAGAUGUAAGCUAUAUUAGUUUAGCACACAUUGAUUCAAAGUUCGCUGCAUUAAUUGAUCUGUACCUAUCAUAUUAAGGCAUAUACAAUUAUAAAUUAGAAUGUUAAUUUUUUUUAAUCCA